AUGGCUUGUGGGGAGGGUCUGAGCCACGCCUCUCAACCCUCUCACAAUGCCUAUGCAGCCAGCAGUCCCGGAUUUGGGCUUGGGAGUGAGGACGACCAGCCCCCAUCCCCGUGGCUGGAGCACCCGUCACCUGGCUUAUACCCCCCUGCAUUGGACGGCCACCCCGGGGCACGGGAGCAGCCUCCCUCUACAGCAGAAGGUCUCCGAGCCCAGAGGACAGUAACACCCUGGGUGAAGCGCAAUCUAGAAGCCCACAAGCGCCAACACCCUCAGGACCUCCAUCUGCAGGCUGGCCAGGGCUGUUCCGGGGCUGUGGUGGGGGUUGUGGCCGGAGCUUGUCCUGAACCCACCGCCCGUGACCCCACACCUUCCUGCACAGCCAUGGGCCUAAGAGCAGGUGCCCAGGUGAGCCCAGGCCUCGCCCUCCUCAUAUGGCUCACCGCCCACCGCUCUUGUCCCCAGGCCCAGGGCUUCUCCCAGGGAGGGCUGGAUGCCAGCAGGGCUGACCUGUGGGCCAGUGCCAACGCUUCCCUCCUGCACAGCUUCUGGUGCCAGCCGGCCAGCCAGCUGCCCCGGGACCAGCUCUCCGCUCUCAUCAGGGCGAUGGCGACUCGCCGGGUCCUCCUCAGAGCCUGGCAGCUCAGCUGCCUGGCCAACCUGGCCGCGCUGCACAGCCUCCAGGACGACUUUGAGCUCCACCCGCCGGACCUGCUGCUUUUCUACAACCUGACACAGGUGAGGGAAGCCGACUGCCGGGCCUUCAUCCACCGUGCCGCCCAGGGGGACACGGAGCUGCUGGCCAACCUGCCGGACCAGAGGGCCGCCCUGCAGCGUGUAGCCUUGGCCUGCCUGGGAGGACCCCGCUUGCGGCUCAGCGCCUCUGACCUGCUGCUCCUCGGGGUCCUGGUGUGCGACAUGGACGCGUCCAGCAUCGUGGCCGCGGACCCCCGUGUGCUGCAGAAUCUGCAGCGCUGCCAUCGGCUGACCGCCCCCCAGCAAGCCGCCCUCAACACGCUGCUGGCCAGUGGGGAGACCACGCUUGGGCCUCCGGGUUCCUGGAACCUAGAGGGGCUGCGGGCUCUGGGACCCCUGGCCACCUACAUCAGGUCCAGCCUGUGGAUGCAGGUGCAGCAGGCUGUGGGCCUGGACUUCUUCGGCAGCACGGUGGCCACAUACCGAGCUGGGCGGCUUAGCCAGCAGGACGCCAGGCGCUUCGUCACUGGCUUUCUGAAGGCCAAGGCUGAGUCGGUGUCCUCUCGGCCCAAGCGGGGCACAGGGAGACCCUGCCUCCGCGGGGACAUCACGGCGGCCACGCUGCGCGACGACCUCUUUCUGGUGCACUAUGACUGCAUGCAGCUGGAGUCCUGCCUGGGGAGCCACGUGCUCAAAGCCAACCUGGACCCCCUGCUGCAGCACCCGCUGCCGGCCGAGUGCCAGCGCGUCGUCAAGGCCAAGCUGGCUCGGGUCUACCCGCGCGGGGUCCCCGAGGAGCAGCUGCCGCUCAUCGCCUCGCUGGUCUACCUCUACUCCCGCUCCGAGAUCGGCCAGUGGAACGUCACGUCCAGAGACACCGUCGUGGCCCUGCUGGCCUCAGAUGUGGCCCUGGAGAACCAGACUGAGGCUGUGCUACAGAAGUACCUGGACCACAACGGCACCCUCACCGGCGCCCUGCUCGUGGCCAUCGGGGGCUCCCGCCUCUGCUGGAUGAGUGCCAGGCAGAUCCAGGCCAUCAGGCCCUCGGAGUUCCGGCUGGCCGGGGCCCUGGAUAUCUCCUCCUGCCCUCAGAGCCGGAAAGACGUGCUCUACGCCAAGGCCCGCGAGGCCUUCGGCAGCACCAGGACCACGGCUGCGUAUUACCGCUUCAUGCGUCCUUACCUUGGAGGUGCCCCCGUGGAGGAGCUGCGGCAUCUGGUCCAGGCGAACGUCUCCAUGGACAUCGACACGUUCACCAAUCUGAACCCCCGUGUGCUGCAGAGCCUGAGUGUCGGCAAUGUGACGACACUGCUGGGCCAGAACGUGGGGGACCUACAGAAGGCACGGAGCCACCCGACCAUCAGCUCUUGGCUGCGCAGCCUCAACAGGUCGGCCCUUGGCGAGCUGGGCCUAGACACGGACCCUGCCGGCCUCAGCGGCCCAGGCCGCUCCACCACUGUCACCCCCAACACCACGCCCCGGGGGCCCUACCCAGCCCCCACGUCAGGCCUUCUCAGGCACAGCGCCCCCGCCUCCGGUUCCAGAGGUGGCACGAGAAAACCAGACCCCCAGACCAGUAAACGGGCAAUGGAGUGA